UUUUCGUUGGGGAAAGUUUGUCCAUCACUAAGGACGUGUGCAGCGUGCAAAUCGACAUUUUCCACGUUUUUUAUGCCGUGAGCAUAAAAGUGUAGGCACUGCUAAGGAGUGUGGUUUCAGAGAAAUGUGUGCUGUCCGAUGAUACUUAAGAGUUGUCAUUCUUUGCCAUACCAUGUGACCUCCGAUGACACUCCCCAGUGUGACCUGUGUGACCCCCAAGACCUUUGGCUUUCUACCAUGCAUCCUUCCUCUGCGAACUUAAACCUGACAUUUGAAGAUAAGCUAUGGAAUUAUAUUCAUCAGUGGUAAUGCUUAAAAUUUGAAACUGAUUAAGCUGGAGACGAGUAGAACUUUGGAUCAAGUGAGACUUCAUCACGAGGUCAUUGCAUGGCUGUGGUCACAAUGAAUCGCUAUCAGAUGCUCAAACAGGUUGGAGAUGGAACUUACGGAAGUGUCAUUCUCGGAAAGACAGACAAUGGAGAGAUGGUGGCCAUCAAAAAAAUGAAGAAGAAGUAUUAUUCUUGGGAUGAAUGUAUGGAACUCAGGGAGGUUAAGUCGUUGAAAAAACUGAAUCACGCCAACAUCAUCAAGUUGAAAGAAGUGGUGAGAGAAGACAACCAGCUGUUUUUCAUCUUUGAGUACAUGAAGGAAAACUUGUAUCAACUCAUGAAAGACAGAGACAAGUUAUUCCCAGAGUCAGUAAUUCGUAACAUCAUGUUUCAGAUUCUACAAGGAAUGGCAUUUAUACAUAAGCAUGGUUUUUUUCAUCGCGAUAUGAAGCCUGAAAAUCUGCUCUGUCAGGGGCCCGAGUUGGUCAAGAUUGCCGAUUUUGGCCUUGCCAGGGAAACACGAUCCAGACCACCGUACACAGACUAUGUCUCAACAAGAUGGUAUCGCGCCCCUGAGGUCCUGCUGCGCUCCACCAACUAUAGCUCCCCCAUCGAUGUGUGGGCUAUCGGCUGCAUCAUGGCCGAACUCUACACAUUGAGGCCGCUUUUCCCUGGCAACAGUGAAGUGGAUGAGAUCUUCAAGAUCUGCUCAGUCCUGGGAACGCCAAAGAAGGAUGAAUGGUCAGAGGGCUACAAGCUUGCUGCCAACAUGAACUUCAAAUUCCCCCAGUGCGUCCCAGUACCCUUGAAGACCCUCAUACCAAAUGCCAGCAAUGAUGCCUUGGCAUUGAUGAAAGACAUGUUGGCAUGGAACCCACAGAAACGGCCCACCAUCAUGCAGGCCUUGAGAUAUCCCUACUUCCAAGUCGGCCAGAAUCUUGGCCCAAAGAUGCCACCUGUCACAGCAAACAAUCAAAUGGUUGGCAACCUUGGAUACGGCCAACAGCAGCAACAGCAAGUGCAGCAAAGAAGGAACCCAUUACUCAAUAAGGAUAAUAUCUUGAACUCUCCGACGGACAUUAAGAAAACGACGAGGAUGGAUGACAGUCUGGAUGAUUACCUCACGUCGCUAGGGAAUGCCAAACCGGCCAAGGCCGUGCCAGCUAAGGAAGUGGCCCCUGUUCAGAGACAGCCAGCCCCACCUGCCGGGGGCGCAGCAGGGAUGGGAGGACCUGGGAACAGGAGUGGGCGGAGGCGAUGGGAUUUCCAGAAAAAGGCGCCGGAUCUGUUUGACAGCAUAGACGACUUUGGGGACUUUGAAAACAAGAAAGCUGCAGCUGCUCCUGUCAUGCAAAGGAAACCUCCCCUGAAGAAGAAAUCAUCAUUUGACUGGGAUGAUGACGAUGAUUUGUUUGGGAGUCCACCAAGGAAUAAGGCCUCCUACUCCAAGGUUCAGGCUCCGGGCAGACCCACCUUGGAAUCGGGCCGAUCUUCAGCGUCGUCAGCAAAACAGUUCUACAUCAGGUCGGCGCGGUACAAACCAGGUCUGAACUUGAAGAGCCCUCGGAAGGAAUCUUCCCAAGGCUUGCCACCUCUUGCCAAGCUACCCCCAUCUGGCAGCACUACUCGGACAAUAGGAGCUCGUUACAAUGCUAAAGUAGACGGAGCCUUCGGGACAAGCUAUAUGCCUUCAUUUGGUCAGAAGCAAGCCUCUGGCAUUUCUGAUCUCAAUUCAUGGAGUAAGCCCAGAGCACCAACGAUCCCAGGAAGUAAUUUCAGUGGAUCGGCUGGCGUUCGGCAACCAGCAGUACCUGUCCGAACCAACUGGGCAGCCAAGUAUGGAGGAGGUGUUCACUAGCCACGACGGAGUCCUGCCGUUUUGCAUGAUGACAAUCCGAAUACACAGAUGGGCACUGGCAUAGUUUGACAUCCUACUGCUGUGGAUUCAUUCGAAUUAUACUUUUUUAUGUAAUCCAUUCAUGUAAGUUUCAAUUUAGGUAAUUAGGCUGAUUUUGUAGCAGUCCACAGUGUCAUAAGAUGGAUUAGCAAAUGAUUAAAUGAUUGUCAGAUACCCAAACAGUGACACCAAGAACCUACGCCAAACUGUUCCCUUUGUCAUUCCGGUUAGAGAGACAAGACACAACUUUCCAGGCUUUUAAUUUGUAAAGAUUAAGCCAUGAACACUAUGCAGAACCCUUUGGCUUUUCAUCUCUUUAAGUUCAAACCAGCUCAUCUCUUGGGUGCUAGAUACGAUACUAUGAGUGGUUUCAAUGAAGUGCUGUUGCUCAACCAGACAAAGUCAAGAGGUCAAAUAAACAGCAUUCCAAGUUUGGAGGCUUUUUCUCCUUCAAACCAGAAUGCAGUUUGCUUACUUGUCUCUGUUUCCGGCUUCCCAGUUUCUUUGAAUAUUGAAUUUAUUCAGGGAACAAAUGCGAGAUUUUUAAAGUUUCCCCACCUUCAAUUUUAAAGAGAAUUCUGCAGACUAGAAAUUGGUGUCAUCAGAAGAUAGUUAAUUAUUAUCAAGUAAAACCUGUGACCAAUGUACAGUGUACUUGUAUAUAUAUAUACAGAUAAUGUUUUCUAUCCCAAGAAGGAUUCAGAAAAUAUUCAAAUGAGGUAGCAAGUCUUUUGUAAAUAUAAACUGCAGUAUUGCAGCUGAUUAACAUAUUUUGCUCAUAAUUUAUAGUCACAUGGUUAUUUUACAAGUUGUACAUAGUUUUAUUUGUAACAUACAGACAGUAUUGUUUUUAGCUCAGUUUUUAUUUUGGUUCCCAGUUUUGUUAUUUUGGUUGAUGUGAAACAGGGAAAGUUAGGAAAAAGCUCAGAGUUUGUUGUCACGGCAUGUGGAAUGAAGUAUUUGAAUAGUAUGUAACCUUUUCAUUUAAUGGAACAGUUGUUACUGGCUUGAUACAAAGCAUGAUCCUCAAAUGCUGACUAUUCCAAAGUACAUGUUUUAUAAGGACAUAUUCCUUUUUCAGAACCAGAUGUUAGGUUUUAUGCACAUUCAGUUGAAGAUUGAAGGUAGUGACUUAGCAAACAUCAUAAGUAAAGGUGCUCCACACUCGUCCCCUAUUACAAAAUUAAACACUGCCCUCUGUUUGUGCAGAUUGGUAUAGAUGCGAAUACUUCCUUGAUUACAUAACAUGAAAAGCUUCACUUUACUCUUACAAAAGGCUACAAAAUUUUGUUUUUGAAAUUUCAUUCACUUUUUAACAAAUUUGUAACGUGAACGACCUACUGCAUAUUGGCCUUUUCUUAAUACAUUUUAGCUGAUUGCAAUGAUUUUUAGAAAGAUGUCAGUCGACAAAUAUCCUUUAAGAAAUGCUUUGUUUGAUUAUGCAGUGUAAUUCUCGUGCAAUAACCUAAGGGGAAAUUGAUUAACUUGAUCUACUAGUUGUGCUUUAGUUUCAAUUUUCCUGCAAAAUACUCGCACCAAUUCUGUCCCCACAAACUGUCAUUCACUUUGCAUGGAACUCCAUGUUACACCGCUUUUUGUGAUGUCAUUGAUGACAUUUUAUUGAUGUUUGCUGUAAACAGAUUAUCAUCAAAGUGGUAAAUCGAAACCCAACAGAGACUCUGACAAGUCUACUGUUUUUGCAGUUCAUUGGCUGCAGAUGUAGAGGACUGUUGAGUUUGCCAAGUGAAAGAAGCUAUUCUUAAAUUCAUUAUCAUGAGGAAAUACUUCUGUUUCAAAUUCGCCAUGCCUUCAGUUUUAACCCUAACCUUCCCCAACCACACAUAAUUAAACAGUAGUAAAGUGUUUCAUUCUGUGGGGAUAGGUCUGG